AUGGAUUCUAUUAGUCUUUCUGUUGUGAUCAUCUUCAACCUUGUCACUGCAACAACUUCAGAAGGCAUUCCCAUUAGAGCUCCCUCGAGGCCUAACGCCCUGGUUUUGCCAGUCCAGAAAGACGCAGCCACGGGGCUCCACGUCUCGAAAAUCCGAAAAGGAACACCUCAACAGUCUCUGCCAUUUCUAGUUGAUCUCAACGGCAAAUUCUUGCAGCUGAACUGCGAAAACGGAUACUCUUCAUCAACCUACACAGCCCCUUUUUGCCACUCCACAAUUUGCGCCCGAGCAGGGGUGCAUUACUGCCAUAGAUGCACAGCUCAAGCUAGUAGGCCUGGUUGCCACAACAACACUUGUGCAGCCAUAGUGAUAAACCCCCUUACACAAAAAACCGCAGUUGUGGAAUUGGCUAAGGAUGUUUUGUCCAUUCAAACAUUAAUAACCAAUCAAGCUUGGGUGGAUGUUCCCAAGUUUUUAUUUGCUUGUGCUUCUUCUUCUCUUCUCAAAGGACCCUUGCCUAGAAAUGUUGAAGGGAUAGUUGGAUUAGGCCAUUUUAGUGUCUCUUUCCCCAACCAAUUGUCUUCCCAUUUCGGGUUUUCGCCACAAUUCUCUUUGUGUUUCACCUCUUCUCUUGCUAAGAAUGGGGCUAUUUGGUUUGGGAAUGUCAUCAAUGGAGUGGAGCCAAGAGUGUGGGCUUCUAAAUCUCCACUCUACACUCCUCUAUAUGUGAACUCACAAGGCCAAUACUUCAUACAAGUGAGGGCUAUAAGGAUCAACAACAACCCAAUCUCCAAACCCUCUAUUUUUUUCUCAACAAAUAGGAGCUUUGGUGGUGGUGUUGAAGCCAUUAUUAGCACUACAACCCCUUACACGAUUCUGGACCGUUCGCUGUACCAAAUAUUCUCUAAAGUUUUUGCGAACGCGAUGUCUGGGGUGCGUCAAGUCCGGCCCGUGGAACCAUUUGGGAUGUGCUUUGACACCAAGAACUUCACAUCAAAUGUUCCCAAAAUUCAUUUUGUGAUGCAGGAUCAGAGUGCCAAGUGGACAAUUGGUGGGGCCAACUCAUUAGUCCAAGCACGAGAGGGUGUUUCAUGUCUAGGUUUUGUUGAUGGAGGGUUGAUGAGCCCUAGAGCUCCGAUGAUCAUCAUAGGUGUUCAUCAGAUGGAAGAUCAUCUUCUUGAAUUUGAUCUAGCAAGGUCUAGGUUGGGUUUCAGCCCACCAAGGUUCUUCAAUCACAUAACUUGUGCUCACUUCAAUUUUACAUCCACCUCAUCUCCAUAGGUUAAGUGAGAAUGAAAAUGGAACCCAAAAUUAUCUAUAAAAUUUUGAUUCCUAUAUGUAGUUUGUGUUCAUCAUGUAGUUCCCCUUUUAUCCAUGUCUAGUAUGAUUGUUCCUUGCGUUGUAAUACUCUCUUGGGUUUAUGAAAAUAUAAU